GACCUGAGGAAAUCCAGCCCAAGUUCGCCGCGAUGACUGUGCUGCUGGCAUCGGGGUUUCUCCGCGGCAUCCCAGCCUCUGGACCGCCUCGCCGCUGCUCGCUUUGAAUCCUGAACGCUGGGUUAAAGCUUAAUUCUCAUGUUGUGGUUGCUGGGCUGCUGCUUCCCCGUGUUUUGCGAUGGGAGGUGGAGGAAAAGGGCUUGUCCGUGAGUCAACACUGAAAAUGUGAUUAGGAGGAACUGCUUUUACUAAUCUGUUUCUAACCUUUUAGUCCAUGUUGGCCUGUGACCCCUUUCAGCUUUCAGACCGAGCCUGAUUAGACCACAACACUGGUCUCCCUAUGGAAGCAGCUGUUUCCAUCUGGCAUUGAGAUCCCAUGGAGCAGCUGAGGAGGGGGAUGGCUCUUCGUAUCCAUGAUGCCUGGAUGCUUCUUCUUGUAAUCCCUGCUUUGGUCACCCCAGCUGCCAUCAAUCAUGAAGACUACCCUGCUGAUGAAGGGGACCAGACCUCCAGCAAUGACAAUCUGAUCUUUGAUGACUACCGAGGGAAGGGCUGUGUGGAUGACAGUGGCUUUGUGUACAAACUGGGAGAACGGUUUUUCCCAGGGCAUUCCAACUGUCCCUGUGUCUGUACUGAGGAUGGACCCGUUUGUGACCAACCGGAAUGCCCUAAAAUCCACCCAAAGUGUACAAAAGUGGAACACAACGGAUGCUGUCCGGAAUGCAAAGAAGUGAAAAACUUUUGUGAAUAUCAUGGGAAAAAUUACAAAAUCUUGGAGGAAUUUAAGCCCUCGCCAUGCGAAUGGUGUCGCUGCGAGCCCAGCAAUGAAGUUCACUGUGUUGUAGCAGACUGCGCAGUUCCUGAGUGUGUCAACCCAGUCUAUGAACCAGAACAGUGUUGUCCUGUCUGCAAAAAUGGUCCAAACUGCUUUGCAGGGACCACGAUCAUUCCUGCUGGCAUCGAGGUGAAGGUGGACGACUGCAAUAUCUGCCACUGCCACAAUGGGGACUGGUGGAAGCCGGCGCAGUGCUCCAAGCGCGAGUGCCAGGGCAAGCAAGCACUGUAGUGGGAAAUCCCCUGCUUGUGGCACUGAUGGGCAAGUGAUGGUGAUGAAGACAAUGGUGAUGAUGACAAUAGUGAUGAUGACAAUGAUGAUGAUGACAAUGAUGAUGAUGACAAAGGAACGUCUUCGAUGCUGCACAUGCGUCCG